UCUCUCUCUCUCUCUCUCUGUGAUUGUGAAUCGAAACAGAACAGUGAGAAAUGGGUCAGAUCCAGUAUUCUGAGAAGUACUUUGAUGAUACUUACGAGUACAGGCAUGUGGUUCUCCCUCCUGAAGUGGCCAAAUUGCUUCCAAAGAAUCGGCUUCUCUCCGAAAAUGAAUGGCGUGCAAUUGGAGUCCAGCAGAGCCGAGGGUGGGUCCACUACGCGAUCCACCGACCAGAGCCUCACAUCAUGCUCUUCAGGAGGCCUCUCAACUAUCAGCAGCAGCAACAGGAGAACCAGGCUCAGCAAAAUAUAACUGCUAAGUGAAAAUUGUCGCCUCUCCAAAUCUCUCUCUCGUACUUACUUUCAUUUCAUCUAGAAAUGAAUCCAUUAGAUAAUACACUAUGGUUUGUGUUUCAAAAUAGUUGUUUGGGUAUUUUGUGGAAGUAUUUUCAUAUUGUACUGCUUACAUAAUACUCUUUUUAACUAUUGAGAAUUUUCGGUGUUGAACAUUAUAUUUUGUUGAUAUCAGCGUCAGUGGCACUGGGUGAUGUAGAUUCCCAGUUUGUGGGGUUAACCUUCAUGGAAUCUCUGUGAGGGGUUAUAUCACUGAUGGAAUUUCGUCGACUUUUGUUGGUUUGUAUUCGGUUUGGCAUUUUGUGGUGCUGGUUUCUCUUUUUCAGGAUAUUAUGGUGCUUGUUUGUUUAUUCUGAGCCAUUGAUUCUUUUGCUUGUUUUUGUAUAUUGAAAAGCAAUAUAUGAUGUGAAAACUACAAAGUGGAUCUACACGACUCAUUCCAUUGCAGAGUGGAUCCAAAAU